CUGAUGUUUGUUUUAUGAUGGAUACUCAUUGAUACCGCUAAUAAUCAAAUUAGCUUGUUGAUUCAGUCCAGUUCAGUCGAUUCAUUUGUCGGCCUGUGUGACCUUUUAUUUUUCGAUACAUUGCUACAUAUUAAAGAUUGUUAACAAUGCCAGCCUACAAGUUAACUUAUUUCCCUGUGAAGGCUCUUGCUGAACCUUUACGUAUGCUAAUUUCUUAUGGAGGAGAAGAUUUUGAAGAUUACCGAUUCAAUCGUGAAGAUUGGCCUUCAAUCAAACCAACUAUGCCUUUUGGUCAAGUGCCAGUUCUUGAAUGGGAUGGCCGUAAAAUGAACCAAAGUGUUGCCUUGUGUCGUUACCUAGGAAAGAAAUACAAUCUUGCAGGAAGUACUGAUCUUGAGAAUCUUGAAAUUGAUGCUAUUGUGGACACAGUUCAUGAUUUUAGAGCAAAGCUAGCUGCAGCACAUUACGAAGCAGAUGAGGCAGUAAAAGAAAAAAAAUACCAGCAAGUUUUAGCAGAUGUUAUUCCUUAUUAUUUGGACAAAUUAGAUGCUGUUGCUAAAUCCAAUGAUGGCCAUCUAGCUUUGAAAAAGUUAACAUGGGCUGAUUUUGCUUGGGCUGGAAUGAUCGAUUAUAUGAGUGCCAUGGCCAGGCUGGACUUACUAGCAAAACAUCCAAAUCUCAAAGCAGUUGUAGAUAAUGUACUCGUUCUACCAAAAGUUAAGGAAUGGGUGGCCAAACGUCCUGUUACUGAAUAUUAAAUAUAUUCUUGUUAAAUUGUAAACUGUUGCCUUAUAUGAAUUUUUUCAUUACCUUGUGAUAUUGCCGUACUAUUUUCCAAAU